GAAAUGGCCGUCGACCACGAUCAGCCUGUCUCCAGACCGACGCAGCGCCGGCGCCGCAUUGUGGUAGCAAUGACGGGCGCUACCGGCGCCAUCCUCGGGAUCAAGGUGCUGAUCGCCCUGCGCAAAUUAAACGUCGAGACGCAUCUUGUGCUCAGCAAGUGGGCCGAGGCUACGAUAAAAUACGAGACCGACUACCACCCGUCGAACGUGCGAGCGCUGGCCGACCAUGUGCACAACAUCAACGACAUGGCGGCGCCGGUGUCCAGCGGCUCGUUCCGCGCGGACGGCAUGAUUGUGGUGCCCUGCAGUAUGAAGACCCUGGCGGCGAUUCACUCCGGAUUCUGCGACGAUCUGAUCUCGCGGACGGCGGAUGUCAUGCUCAAGGAGCGACGGCGGCUGGUCCUGGUGGCGCGUGAAACCCCCUUGAGCGAGAUCCAUCUCCGGAACAUGCUGGAGGUGACACGAGCCGGGGCGAUCAUCUUUCCGCCCGUGCCCGCGUUCUAUAUCAAGGCUGGGGGCAUCGAAGAGCUCGUCGACCAGAGUGUCGGACGGAUGCUGGACCUUUUCGAUUUGGACACGGGGGACUUUGAGCGAUGGAAUGGGUGGGAAAAGUAGCCGCGAUUGGGCUGAAUUUUGGCUGAAUGCAUUUU